UCAAUCAAAAGUGCACAGACCAUAGCCACCCCAGAAAAUCGAGUCGAGGAGUGGGAGCGAGAAAGAAAAACCGCAAAGCAAGCCUUCUAACAUACAGAAGACAGAUGGCAAAAUAAUCAGACAUUGUCUACAUUCAGUUCAUUUUUCAAAAAAAACAAAAACACAUCAAAACAAACAUCAGAACGCGGUUCAUGAGAAUUCACAAUUUUGUAACGGACGGCACCGAACUGUUGUGUUUAUCUGAGAGGAUAGAGUAUUAAAAGUGGAUAACUCACGUAUAUGAGACACCGGCAGCCCUCGAGUGUGUGUUCUGACAUGGAGUGACACAAACCACCACAUGAAAACAUGAGGAACUGCAUGUUUCCCUGUAGAGGUGCUUUUAGGUAUCCUGUUUUGACUUUAGCUGUAUUGCUUUUCUUCGCAUACAUUUGCAGUAAAGCAUCCAAGACCGAGCAGAAGCCCAGCAUGGGGGAGGGGUUUAAUGUGGAUCCCACUCGCGCAAAGCGUGUACAAACCUUUGUCACUGAAGUCUUGCAGAGGAAAUGCAAACGGUCUUCCACCAGGAAGAAUAUGUCUGCUCUCUUCCCUGAGCGAUACAAGACAGAUAUCCCUCCUUUCCUGAGAAAAAAUGAUGUUCUGAGCAAGGCAGUGUUCAGAUACCCCCCGCCAUUUGGGUUUCAAAGCAUGGAGAGGAAACUGAAGGAAGUUCUGGGCCUUUUCCCCGAGGCUGCGCAGGAGGAGAGGAGCAUGAAGUCCUGCAGCCGCUGUGUGGUGGUGGGAAGCGGUGGUAUCAUGCGUGGGCUGCAGGUGGGCCAGCUUUUGAAUCAGUUUGAUGUUGUAAUCAGGUUGAACAACGCUCCAGUUAGUAACUUUAUUGAAGACAUAGGCAACAAAACCACUAUCAGGAUGAGUUAUCCAGAAGGAAGCCCCAAAUCUUGGGAUGACAUAGAUCCUAAGACCCUGUUUGUGGCAGUCAUUUACAAAACAGUUGACUUUAACUGGUUGAAGGCCAUGAUUAAAAGGGAAACAGUGUCCCUAUGGGAUAGGUUGUUUUUUUGGCAGGGGGUGCCGAAGGAAAUCCCCAUAGGAAUAUCCCAGUUUCGAAUCCUGAACCCUGAAAUCAUCAGUCAAACAGCGGUGGACCUUCUCCAGUUUUCAGAACCACGAUGGAGGUUUUGGGGGUGGGACCAGAACGUGCCGACACUGGGGGUCACUGCCACAGUCCUGGCCACAUACCUGUGUGACGAGGUGAGCCUAGCCGGGUUUGGAUAUGAUCUCACGCAACCUGAAGCUCCACUGCAUUACUAUGAAAACAGACGCAUGGAUGCCAUGAAGGGGGAAACCAUGCACAAUGUGGACGCUGAGAAGCAGUUACUAGCGAAACUGGUUAAAGCUGGAGUAAUCACAGACCUCACAGGAGGAAUACACUGCAGCUUCUGUGAAAACUAAAAUCCAGCAUUAGUCACUAAAGCCAGCACAUAAUAUUGUGUAUUUUAUUUAAUUUUUUUGCUCUUUCAGGAAGAGUUUUUUUAGUGCAUUUAAUUAAUUUUAUUGAAUUUGCUUGUACAAACAAAACAAAGUAAAUGUGAAAGUAGGUGAUUAAUUUAAGGUAAGCACUGCGUUUUUGAUGAUUGUAUUUUUAGGGGUGCAGUGAAAAACAUUUUGGCUCCAUACUGUAUGAAGUUUGUGUCUGUUAAUUACAUUCCAUACAAUGCAAUGGAGGUCAUUCAUUUCCGUUAUCAUGUAGUAGUUGUAGGGAAUUUAUCCAGGUUUACAGGGAUUUCCUCUUCACUGCGCCAAAUUGUGGAUGGCAAUCAGAAAAACGAAUCUCUCAGGCCCUACUCUCUUUUUUACUUUUCAAUGAUACAUUAUAUUUAUUCAACUUUUGUAGACUGUUUAAGAAAGCAAUACUAGUCAGGUUCAAUAGGUUAAGAAGAAUAUUUCAUCUGUCAAAAAAAAAAACACUAUGCAAGAUGAUAAAAUCCAAGACAGAGUGGAGUUGCUGAUCUGUGAAUCAAUGGAACCUCAUGUGAGUGUCUGUUCAAAACUAGGAUACAAAUAUCCUAUUAUACUUCUAAAACGACUAAAUAUAGGUAAAACAUUAUAAUAAUUUUUAAACAAAAUGUUUUAACUAAAAUGCAGACAUUUAUUGAAUACUCCUUCACAGGAAAAACUAGUCCAAAAAGACAACAUUUUUUGUUUUUAAAGAAUGAAUUUUCCUGAACUUUUUCCAUUUUUAUAAAUGUUAAUUGUAACAUUCCCAUGCAUUGAUGGUGGCAGCAACAUGUUACAGACAAGGCAUGAAAGAUGAAAGGUAUCCCCAUUGGCUCAUGGCCGUACCUUAUUUCUUGAGAAUCAAGAUGUGCUUAUGGCAAUCUUUUUGGGUGGAGGAAAAAAAACUUUGCAUUUUUCUGAGAUUUUUCAAGCUACUUCAGGACGCUUUUCAUGGGGCACUGGGGUUCUCCCAGUUUCUUAAACAUGAAACCGCGGAGACUAUCUUUAUGAUUCUUAGGCCCUGUCCACAUCAGUCUGCAUUUGUCACCUCUCGACUCGACUACUGCAACUCUCUCUAUGGUGGUCUUCUGGCAUGCGCCAUCAACUGACUGCAGCUAGUUCAGAAUGCCGCUGCCAGGAUCCUUACCAGAUGUAAAAAAACUUGAACACAUCACCCCCCUGUCUUGCCCAGCUGCACUGGCUCAGGAUUACUUUCAAAAUUCUCCUGCUCACCUACAAUGCCCUUCAUCACACAGGUCCCUGAGUACCUCAUAAACCUGCUGACCCGCUAUGUCCCUGCGUGCAAGCUGAGGUCCUCCGACUCUGGCCUGCUUGUUGUCCCCAAGCAAAAGUGCACCACACUUGGAGAACGCUCUUUUAGCUUCAUGGCUCCGACUCUCUGGAACUCUCUCCCAGCUUUGGUGUGUGAUGCUCCCACCGUCGCUCGCUUUAAAUCAACUCUCAAGACCAACUUGUUCUCUCUUGCUUUCCAUGCUCUUUAAGUCUGAUAUCUGUGAUUAGCUGUUGUGUCUUUGCUACUUCUCACUUUUUUUUUUUAAACUGUAUCUUAUUCUCAUGAUUCUGUACGACAUAUGCAUCCACAAUGUUCUAGAAUUCACAUCCUAGCCUUGUAUUUAAUGUAUUAGGCAUUGUAUUUCACUGUGUCUUGUAAAGCGCUUUGUGAUGGUGGUCCACUAUGAAAUGUGCUAUAUAAAAUAAAGAUUGAUUGAUUGAUUGAUUGAAACUGUGUUAAGGGUUAAAAAAUGAUUUUAAAGUCCUUAAAUCCACAUUAAACAUGAUUUAUAACCAUGUUCAAAAACCGAGUUUGAUCCCUACUCCAGGGGUUAGUCUCGAAAUCAGUCAACCUGCUUGACCUGUAAUCUGGAUGUGGAGUGUGUUCGAGUUUGGUUUUAGUAUCCUCCAAAAUGCCAUACUGCGUACCUCCUCCAUGAAUUCCGUGAAGGCCGGGAAUUUUUGAGGGCGAGGAGCCAUCGCCUUUGACCAGAAUACUGAGCGGCAUGGCUCUGCCGCUGUCGUCCAGGGGACCUGCAAAAACGAUGCAGCACGCUGCAUCAGUGCCGAUGUCGAGUCCAACAGCAGUGGAGCGCUGGCUUCUGAGGCCACCUCGAAGCUAGGUUCCACCUUGGCAGGGGGUUCGGGCACCCCGACUACCUCAAUGCCAGAGGAGAAGGAGGCUGCGUCCCAGUAGUCCGCUAUAGAGAGUAUGUCCUCCAGUGCCACCUGGGAUGCCUCUUCCUGUUCACCCUGAUCUCCCCUGGGGGAGAGAGGGUACGGUAGUUGGGGCGGUAUUGGAGCAGGGGCUGCGGCUGGAGCCGCAGGUGCCUGUCAAGACAACAGCUCCAGGACCUGCUCCAUCUGAGCCUUCAGGUCUCCAACCUGUUCUCCAUCACCCAGGGCUGAAAAGCCACACAGAUACUGCAGGCCACCUCUCUCUUGAGGGCCGGAUGCAUCGGAGGCACAGGUAACCUACGAUCUACGCUCCCCUGCCUCCAGAGCCCGCUCCUUCUCCACCCUUGCUCCGCAGUGGUGGAAUGACCUUCCUACAGAUGUCAGGACCGCCCAGUCCCUGACCACAUUCCGGCGCCUCCUUAAGACUCACCUCUUCAGACAGCACCUGUAGAACUCCUCUGUUUUUCCCCUGGGACACUAUCACCCUUCCUUAAAAUGCGCUUUAUUUGCUCUUAUCUGCCCCCUAUUUUACUGCAUUUAAUCCUGUACUUCAGAAUACUGUAAUCUGCCAAGUGUUUAAUCUGUAGUAUUUUGUAAUUAAUCAUAUCCUGAUGUAACUAUCACUGUCACUGUUAUCUGCUGUAUUACUGAAUUGUAUUUUGUCACACUUGUGCUUGCUUGAACCAAAGUUAUUGUAUUUAUCUUGCUCUUAAUUAUAUUAUUACUUGUACUGUGAUUCUGAAAUGUAUUUACUUACGAUUGUAAGUCGCCCUGGAUAAGGGCGUCUGCUAAGAAAUAAAUAAUAAUAAUAAUAAUAACCCACCUGGCAAACACGGCAGGUAUACUGACGGCCUAUAUGGAUGGCGUCCUGUGCGAGUCCCUGCUCCCUGCUCCCUGAGUCCCUGCUCCAAGGGCAAGCUGUUGGCCAGAGCCUGGCUAGCUUAGUUGUGGCUCGCAGACAGCUGUGGCUGUCACAAGCCAGAGGUCCUGAUUCGGAUAAGAGAUCCCACCGGGAACGUGAGGCGUCCCGGCAGGUGGCUGCGUUGCUCCCGCGUGGGGCAGGCCGAUCCGCUGGCGAGCUCCUCCGAUGCGGACUGUCACCAGGACAGUUCCGGUUCCCAUGGCUCUGCUGGGUGACCUAAGGCAUCGCCUGCAGGGCACACCAGCAGCGAACAACCGGCCCUUCCCAACAGGCAGAGGAAACUCAGGACGUGGUGCGCAUUUUUUGGCUACCCAGUUUCUUAAUGGCGUGCGGCGAUUACGUCCUCCCAGGAGGACCGUUCUCCCCGCAUGGAGCCUUGAUAUCGUGCUGGAGGCUCUCACGAAGGCCCUGUUUGAUCCCAUAUACUCCAUAAAGUUGAAGUAUCUGUCUAUGAAGACAGCCUUCUUCGUGGCUAUCACCUCCGCUAAGCAGGUCAGUGAGCUGCAGGCAUUAGGAUUGUAGGAGUGCUGGAAAAUGGGGAGUUCUUGAGAGAGAGAGCAAGAAAGUAUUGUUGUUUUUAGUAAGCCCCGUCUCCGCGAUUGUGUUGAGCAGCACUGCACUUUGUUUUUUUAAUUAAUUGAACUUCUAUUGUUUUUAUUUAACAGUGCAAACCCCAUGUCGUGACUGUGUAUUCCUGACUUGUCCUAUUUGUUUAAAUGUAGUUAACCAUCUGUAUUUAAUAAAACGAUGUUCAUUGCCCUACAUAGUGUUGUGGUCUUAGUUUAUUCUGCCUGACUGUUCCCACCCUGAUCGAAAAGAACGAGUGCCGAUCCCGGGUGCUACAAUUGUAUUCGCUGAUUGUGGGCUUGUUUUAUUUGUGUGUUGUAAUAUAUUCACAGUUUUAUUUUUAUUUUUGUGUAAUUAUUUUGAGCACGUUAUUUUGAAAGAACACUCUAUUUGUUUAGACACACUAGUUGUACACAUCGGUAAUUGGGAGGUGCAGUGUGUUAAAUACUUCACGUGGAGAGCAAAUUGAGAGAGAUCUGAUUGAAAGGAGAGGUAGCUCCUUGUUGUAUGAGUGAGCCAUUUAAAUGGCACGGGGUAAAUCUGUUAGGAAGAAAGCUGUACACAAGAGAAUGCUGAAAUGAUAUUAACAGUACCAGAGACUAAUAUUAAUAACAGUAGUUAGUGGGCACCUUGCAGCUGUUAAAUUUGUACUGUUUGUGCAGAACGGAAUUGUACCAAUGCUUUUACUGUUAAGUAUUUUAAUUGCAAUUGGAUUUAAUGGUGCCAGAGUAUACAUUGAUUUUAGCUUGUUUUCUUUGUUGUUCACCAUUUUAGUUGAUUUGAAUAGUUUAGUUUACCAUUAUAUAUCGGUUGAUUUUUGUAUAGGCAUCAGAAGGUGAGUCUGGAGGUCUGCUAUCUGUAAGGGGGGAAAGAGGUGCUGCCUUCUGCAAAAUAAGCACAGAGGAUUGGAAUUGUUUAUAGGCUAAAUGCAUAAUUAAACAGGCGCCUUUAGUUACAUCGUGGAGACAGGUAGUGCUAGUAGACAGUAUUGUAAAGUUUUGUCCUUUUUCAUGUGUUGCAUGCUUUUGUGUCCCAGCCAACAGAAUAAAAAGGACAGGCGUGUCUAAUAGGUAAAUAGUUUAACAGUCUAAUUUAGUGCUCUUAAUAGGGCUGGCGUGGUCGGACUACAUUUAUCAUCGUUUAUAGCCAGGCAAACGUUACAAAUACAGUACUUAUAAAAGCUUGAUAUUGAGUCUAUAUUAUUAUAACACAUAUUUCUUUUGAUGCUGGUGUCAGUGCAGAGAAUAUUUAUAGCACUGACUGCCUUAAGAAGUAACGCAACUCUUACUUGAUACAGGACACGGGAAAGACAAACAAAUCUCUCCUUUGGCUAUUUGAAAAGACCCUGCUGUUGCAUAAAAUCCCCUAAAAUCAUAAUUUUUUUCAUAUACAUCAGUAAUGCUUGGCUUUGUGAGUCAUUCAAACAAGUAAAUGAAGCAAAUUAGUACACAUAAAAUAGUAAUAAUCAUUUUCCAGCACAGCAACUACAUUGCUUGGCAUUUUAAUAACAGCAAAAGUGGUAGCAUUACCCAUAUACCUGCUACAACACGAGGGCAUGGCACAAAUCCUUGUUUAUGGAGACAAAAUACCAGUUCCUAUAGAGAACGCUAGGGUAAUAUGGUCCUGUGUGGUCCAGUGGUUAAAUAGCCACUGACUCAUUGUGUGACCCUGAGCAAGUCAUUUAAUUUCCUUGUGCUCUGUCUUUCAGGUGAGACGUAAUAGUAAGUGACUCUGCAGCUGGAUGCAUAGUUCACACACCCGAGUCUCUGUAAGUCGCCUUGGAUAAAGGCAUCUGCUAAAUAAACAAGUAAUAAUUAUAAUAUGCUUUUUAGGGCAGACAAAACCUGUCUGUAAAUUCUUACGGAAAAAAAGUCUCUUAAACAUGACUUUUGGGUAUCACUUCGAACUCCUACAUGACCAGUUAAUGAGGCGAUAACAAGCCAAACUGUCGGAAUUUUGUCAAUCGUCGGUAUUGUGAAAAACAGCUGUAUUUUUUUCCUUAAAUCGGAAUGUGGGAAGGAGUGUUUUGAGUAUCACAAAUAUUCUUUAAACGUUCCUUAUUAAGAAAUUCUGGUACCGACACUUUUGAGUAUAGAGCCCAAUAUUACUACCAGAUAUAUUUACAUUUGUUAGUUAUUUAUAAAUAAUAAUACUUGCUUACUGGUAUCUGAAUAAAUGUUUGAGUAUGUUUUAGAAAAUGAAGAUUGGUUCAAGCAGUACAGUAAUUCUUGAAUGGCCAGUUAUUUUUAUUUAUUUUAUAACUAUAUAUAUAUAUAUAUAUAUAUAUAUAUAUAUAUACAUAUAUACACUACCGGUCAAAAGUUUUAGAAUACCCCCAUUUUUCCAGUUUUUAUUGAAAUUUAAGCAGUUCAAGUCCAGUGAAUAACCUGAAAUGGUACAAAGGUAAGCGGUAAACUGCCAGAGGUUAAAAAAAAAGUUUAGGUUACCAAAAACUGAAAAAUAAUGUACAUUUCAGAGUUAUACAAAAAGGCCUUUUUCAGGGAACAAGUAAUGGGUUAACAACUUACAGCUGUUCUGCAGCAAUGGAAGUAAAUUAAGCCUUGAAAGUUGAUGCUAACAAUUCCUACAGGUGUCCCAACUUUUGUUGAUUACUUACAAACCCUCUGUCUGUAUAAAAGCAGUGUUGGAACAGACUGUGUUACUACACCCUCUUAAGCAUUAUUUGGACAGUAUUGUACUGCAGGAAGUAGUAUAUUGCUCUCAUAAUGGCGAGAAAAAGGCAAUUAACAAAGGAAGACAGACAGACCAUUAUAACCCUUAAAAGUGUAGGUCUUUCCUUUAGAGAAAUUGCAAAGAAAGCCAAGGUGUCAGUGAGUACAGUUUCCUACACCAUCAAAAGGCACUUGGAAACUGGAGGAAACUCUGACAGGAAGAGGUCUGGCAGACCCGAAGCCACAACAGAAUCAGAAGACAAGUUUCUGAGAGUCAACAGCUUGUGUGAUAGGCGGCUCACAGGACAACAGCUUCAAGCACAGCUUAACACUGGUCGAAGUAAGCAAGUCUCAGUUUCAACUGUGAAGAGAAGACUUCGAGCUGCAGGUUUGACAGGUCGAGUGGCAGUAAGAAAGCCAUUGCUAAGAUGGCAAAAUAAGAAAAAGAGGCUUGCCUGGGCCAUGAAGCACCGCCAGUGGACUACUGAAGACUGGAAGAAGGUCUUAUGGACCGAUGAAUCAAAAUUUGAAAUCUUCGGUUCAUCACGCAGGGUUUUUGUACGCCGUCGAGUAGCGAAAGGAUGGUUCCUCGGUGUGUGACACCAACUGUCAAACAUGGAGGAGAAAGCGUGAUGGUCUGGGGCUCUUUUGCUGGAUCCAGAGUCGGCGACUUGCACAGAGUGAGUGGCACCCUGAACCAAAACUGCUACCACAGCAUUUUGCAGCGCCAUGCAAUACACUCUGGUAUACGCCUAGUUGGUCAGGGGUUCAUCCUACAGCAAGAUAAUGACCCAAAACAUACCUCCAGGCUAUGUCAGAACUACCUUAGAAGAAAAUAAUUUAUUUCUUAGCAGACACACAUAUCUAGGGCGACUUGCAACACAUACAUACAGUAUUUUAAAGAAUUACAGUAUAAAUAAGAGCAGGUAUGAUAAUACCUUCAGACAUAAUCAGAGCAAGUACAAUACACAAUAACUUCAAUCCUAAUAAGAGCAAGGACAAGAUAAAGUAAGGGCUAAAUUAAAUUAGCAAUAGUUACAUCAGGGUUAGAUAAGCGUGUUACAGUAUUGCAGAUACAGUUAAAUUAAGGCAGUUUAAGUGCAGGAUUAAAUACAGGUAUAAUAAGGAACAAUAAUAUAUAUAGACAACUGAGUCAAUUGAAACGUAUAGGUUAGUACAACGCUGUGCCAUAUUAAAAGUUAAUAGUUUGAAAGCUAAUUUAGAAACAACAAUAUACGUUAUGGUUAGUUUUUGAUGUGAAAUGUUUUAAUAUUAGGUUUCCGAAUAAUCCUUUUAAAAGAAAUCAAUGGGAAAUCGCUGUCCGUCGACAGGCAUCUGGCAAAAAACUCUGGGAACCGACAAAAUACAGUGUUUUGUGCAGCAAGCAUUUCAAUGAAGAUCUGUUUGACAGAACUGGACAAAAGUGUUUGACUGAGGGAUCAUGCUUUACCUACGGAAUUUGACUUUCUAGGAGUUAAAAAUGUAGGUAUUUAAAUUUAUAAUAUAGCCUAUGUGCUGAAAAUGACGACCCUAGACUGUCUAUAGCUAAUGCAUCUGAGUAUUGCUUGGAGUCAGGUUUUUAUGUUUGAUCACAUCUAGAGUUUGCAGCAGAAGCCACAGAGGGUUCUCAAACAGAGAGACUGUGAAGUCACAGUAACAGCUUCUAAUGAGAAUGUCUCAUCCACUGUGUAAUUGGUAAAAAUGUUAUGGUUCCAACUUAUCAGUUCCAUGGCUGUUUGUGUUCCUUUUCAUGUUGUUCUGCUGUAGCGAAUGCAUUUAACCCUGCUGAAUGCGCACCGGUUUUUAAUUUGUGUUGAUUGAUUGAUUGGGGAGGGUGUAUAAAUGAGAGGGCGUUACGCUUGCAAGGGAGAGAAGGAAAGCCAGAACAACAAGCAAACGGCGAUCGCUUGUUUUGAAUGAGAGUUGAGAACAGAGGGGACUGGAGAAGAUCGUGAGACUGGAGUGCCAGUUGCAGAGCUGCUCAGAAAGCCAACUGUGGAAUACCAGCUUGGACGGUGUAGACGCGAGGAUUAAACUGGACCCCUGGGCGGUGCGAGAUGCUGGUGUACCUGAGACUUCCUCCCGAGAACAACCCUCCAAUACUGAAAUACAAAUAAGUUCCCGUCCCCUUCUUCUUUCUAGACAUCCCCUCUCUCUUUUAGUUUCAUUAGAUUGUAACUGAUAGAUUGGCCCAAUCUGUGUGCAUUUAUAAGGUUCUCUGUUAGUUGUUUUAAUCGUUGCUUUUUAUUCUGUGGUCUGUACAUUUUUAAAUAUAGUGUUAUUGCACUUUCAAAUUCAAAGCUCAGUCGUGAGAGUACCUGAAUACUGGUGGAGAAGACCUGACUGGAUAGUUUAUUUGGGUGGUGUGUGUUUUCAUGUAUUUUGUUGCACUUGUUUGAUUUUGAUACAUUUGUUCUAAACAUUUUUUCUUUGUAUAUGUUAUUAUUUUACUUGUGUUCUUGGUUGUUGUGUAUUUUAUUUAUUUAUUUUGGUGUUUUUGUUAGGGCCAACGUCCCCACAUUUAUUCAGACUCUAUACCUUUAUUCAGUAUAAUUACAGCUAAAUUAACUUGUGUGCUUCGAUGCGCUUUUUAGCCUUUUGUAUAAUAAAACCCUGUUUGACUUUGA